AUGGUGUACAUCCGACAGCAGCAUCUUGCGAAUCUCAAGAACUACAAGUAUGCCGGUGUCGACCACUCUCCGAUCAGUCGGUUUGUCCUCAAACCGUUCUACAACAAAUGCGUGAUCAACUGUUUCCCCAUGUCGAUGGCACCCAAUGCUAUCACUCUCACAGGAUUCAUGUUCGUCGUCAUCAACUUCAUCACCGUGAUGUGGUUCAAUCCGAACUUAGAUACCGAUUGUCCGAGAUGGGUUUAUGCCAGUUGCGCAAUUGGUCUGUUCUUGUACCAGACCUUUGAUGCUGUAGAUGGAAUGCAGGCACGGAGAACGAGGCAGAGUGGACCGUUGGGCGAGCUCUUUGAUCACAGCGUUGACGCAUGCAACACCGGUCUCGGCGUGUUGGUUUUCGCAUCCGCCAUGAACCUCGGACAAGGCUGGAUGACCUUUAUCGCAUUAUUUGGAUCGACCAUGACCUUCUACGUCCAGACAUGGGAUGAGUACUAUACCCAGAUUCUCACGCUGGGCGUGGUUUCUGGACCUGUCGAGGGCAUCUUAGCCCUCUGCACCGUCUACGGAUUUACAGCCUACAUGGGUGGUGGCAGCUUCUGGCACCAGUCCAUGCUAGCCACGAUCGGCGUCUCCAAGCCGACCUUCCUCCCCAACCAGCUGUAUGACAUGCCCUUCACGCAGUGGUACUUGGUAUACGGCGCAUUCGUCCUGUUCUUCGCCACGGGAUCGAGUAUCAUGCACGUUGUGCAGGUGCGCCGCGAGCGGGGCCAGGAUCCCUACCAGCCGCUGUACGGCUUGCUUCCCUUGGUCGCCAUCUGGACUCUCACCCCGGCCUACCUGUACCUGCAGCCGGCGAUCAUGGAGAACUUCACCAUUCCUUUCGGUUUGUUUGUGACUCUGGUGAAUGCUUACUCGGUUGGCCGCAUCAUCGUUGGUCACCUCACCCAGACUAGCUUCCCGUACCAGAAUGUUCUGUUGUACCCGCUCGCCUUGGGUGUGCUCGACAGUGCUGGCGCGCUGGUUGGCGCGUGGUCCACACCGGUUUUGGGUAAUGGCGUUGGACAGGUGGCUUUCACCUUUGUGUGCUUGGGAUUGGCCGUCGGAGUGUACGGUAGCUUCGUGUUCGAUGUCAUCACCACGAUAUGUGAUUACAUUGACAUCUGGUGUCUCACCAUCAAGUACCCGUUCACUGAAGAGACGGAGCACAAGAACGGAGUGUCUAAGAAGACCAAAUAG